AUGCUUCAGGGCGAAAAAUUGCCUCCUUACCCCUACACUCCAUUAAAUGUGAUUGCGAGGCAAUCUUUGACAGGCUUUGACCCAUCAGCAGUUAGAAGGCGGACGAAGCAGGGGAUAAGCCCGCAGAUUUUGGCCGUUUCAGCCGGUUUGGUGGCGGCUGUAUGUUCAGCAAUAGCUUUUGUUGUGUUGCAAUGCGCACGCAAAGUUCUAUUCCCGAGGUUGUUUGGCUCUCUGGGUAGGAGGGCUCUCUCGAAUCCAGAUGUGGAGGAGAACUGGGUUGGAGCCUGCAUUCAAGAGGAGGAGGAAGAAAUCGAGGGGGAGGCAGGGGAGGCGGCUGCAAGAGCGGAGGGAAGGCCUUCGGAGGAAGCGGGCGAAACAAGGGCUCUGGAGGCGUUAGAAGGGUUGAGAUGCACGAUGAGUCUUGGCGUGCAAACACUGUCGUGCCUCCCCUCUCAUCACCAGGCCUUCCUUCUUGUCUUGUUGUUCACGAUCUGCGCACAGGAGUUGGUUGUGUAUGGGGUAUACUCAACUCCCUCAGUGGAGUUGGAGCGGCAGAAGACAAUGGACUUCAUUUUAAGUGAGGGGAAACGGGCUUUGGCUCACUUGGAUGCCGUAACCCCAGCGGGACGAAUACUAGAGCUUUUGGAACGAUUUAGAGAUCCCCAGCCGGAGUGGAGUGCUCGGUGUCUGGCUGUGGAGGCAACUAUCUCCGCGUAUAGAAUUAUACAGUGUAAAAAGGCUCUACAGCAGCUUCAGCCGUGGGUAAAAAAAUCCACGCCGAUACCGCAAGCUGUAUGCAACAGAGCGUUUAGCGUUAUUGCGUAUACGCGACAAGCAGGAAAAGCACGUCUCAAAGCAGAUGUCUCUACAAGUUCCUGGGUGGAGAGGAUGCAAGCACAGCUUGGCUUCUUUGGCAUUUUCGGACCUAACUACGGAGAAAAAUAUUUUUUUUGUCCCAGGUCAUUCGAAAAGGAGAUGAUGAGACUUGAGAUACGUUUCAAACGGUUUGAGAGAGCGCUUGCCAAAAAUAUCCGAGUUGCUUUGAGCCGCCAGCCGCUUGAACAGAAUCUGGAAGAACAGCGGCAGCCGCAGUACCAGGAGCAGCAGCAACAGCAUAACAUACCACAGCUCUGCGAGCAACAGCAUCUUCCGACCUGCCAGCAUUCCGAACACAGCACGACGCCUAGCUCUGUACUCCAACAUUUUGAGCAACGGGCUACUGGGAGAACUGAUGUAGUGGUACAGUCUUCGCAUCCAUCUUGGCCCCUUCCUACACCUUUCGAAGGACCCUCCCCGGCACCAGAUCCCUCUUUGGUGAAAUCUCCAUUACUCCAAUCAACACCGCCUCCUAAAGACCCGUACCAACAUAAUCCCACUCCUUAUCCUGGGCCAUGGGAUCAACCCAGUCGUUUUUCCGUUUCAUUCUGGCAGAAAAUGCAGCACAAGACGAAGGACCCACAGCAGUCCUUGUCCAAUUGUUUUACGUCGAAGUCUGUUCCUUUUAGGCAAGCACCCGCGUUCGCAUUGGGAGAACGCCCACGCACGGUUGCGCAGAUGCGCGUGCCGUCUCUCUCUUCUGUUGCAAUGGAUUCUUGGCAAGCAUUCCCAUCACCCCGUAAAUUUGAUUCCCUUUGGCUACUCGGUGCUCCCUCUUUGCAGAGACCCUUCGCCUUGUCUGAUUCACAACCUAUGCUCAGUGAGCGCCAGAGUGGGUACCUGAAGACGUUUCCAGUACCCGCGCCCUCAGGGGAAAAUUGUUCGCCUCUCUAUCAUAGUCCUAAGUUCCACCAACCACCGCCUCGAGCUGUAUUUGCCACCCCCUCAUCUCCUCAGCCUACCCAAGGACUGUCGCUUCAAUUCCAGACACCUGCCUUCCAUAGGCCCAUUUCACAAACUCCACGGGACGUUGCAUCUCCCCUUGCGCCUCUCCCUCUAUCUUCUGGAUAUUGGCAGCAGAAGACCACCUCGCACGUUGUUGACAGUGCAGACUCUUCGCAUAUUGAGGGUGAGGGUGCCCAAGGAGGCACUUCGUCGCAUUCCAUGCACGAGGCGGGAGAUUUAAAUGCUAUCGCAAGUCGGAUAGCUGAAGCAUUUCCAGUGGCAGGGCGUCUUGGGCCUGUAGGGGCUCAGCGGGCACGCCGCGGGGAGCAAGUAUGGUUCCCUAUUCCCUCUCGCCACCCAGCUCCUCCCCAUGGGGACGGCUGGGAAACGUUUCCUGUGGAGGGACGCAGCAUGCCCCUCUCCUCAUGUAGCCAGGGAGCCUCCUCAGCAGCUGAGGCUACCCCGCAGACCCAGAUGGGUGCGCUGUGGAGCCUUUGGGGAGACAGCAAGGACGGAAGUAGGUAG